GUCAGUUACUGCUCUAGUCCAACGACUAGAUCGCUAGUAAAAUGCUUUGACAAUCAGCAGUCAGUUGCUGAGCGUGAGCACGCGCGUGCGAUGAUCAUUUAGCGUGCGAAAAAACUUUGAAAAUUGAAAAUAAAAAGAACGUUGUAAGGCGUUGAAAAUUGCAAACGUACUUUGUUUUUAGCGCGCGCCGGUGCAAAAAAUUUAAAAUAAGCGCAAUAGUUGUUAAGAUAGUGCACUGAACGGAUAAUGAAAGUGACAAAAAAACACAAAUAGAAAACAAAACAUUCCGGAGAAACUCUAUUAAGACAUAAAUAUUGUAUAUGUAAUAAGCGCUAAUAACUUUCAAAAAAAAAUAUUAUAAAUUGAGUGACAAAGUUCAGAAAAAGUGAACAAUUGAAUGAGCUUAAGCGAAAUAAGUAUAGAGCUGAAAUAAGCAAAAUAUAUAUGUACGAGUGUGCAGAAAUACUUUGCUAUUCUAAACAAAUCUGUGUAAUAUAGACAAUACAACAACACAAGCCGCUAAUCGCCAGCUAGAAUCAGUCAAGCUUAUGGAAAGUCGCAGAAAAAAUUGUCAAUUCAUCGCUCGCAAAUAAAGCAAAUAGUGAUACCAAAGCCGGACCACGCAGAUAAGUUUACAAAGCCGGAAGAAAAAAAAAAACUAAAUAAACAUAAAUAAAAAAUUGCAAAUCGCUUUUUGAAACACACGCGGUCAGCUGUCAACGAAAGGCGAUGCGCAACAGCUGAGAGGAACUGUAAACAAUUCACUAACAUAGAUAUUAAAAAUACAAAUUGUAGCGCUUCGCACAUACAUCUAAAAGCACAGAGUUCAACAUGCGUGCCUUCCAACGCGGCUUCUUCUGUGCGGAUCUCUCGCUGCGCUAUCCGUAUCGCGAGUGCACAAUCACCAUACCGAUGCUGCUGAUCUACACGCUGUUACUGCCGAUGCUCUUCAUCAGCGUUGUGGAGAUUAUGCGCAUCUGCAAGUGCUUUCGUCUACGCAAAUACAUAACGAAUUUAGCGCGCAGCUUGUCAAUCUUUAGUUUUGGUUUCAUCGCCACCUACCUAACGACGGAGUUGGCGAAAAAUGUGGUGGGGCGCUUGCGCCCGCACUUCUACACCGCGUGUCAACCGCGCUUGUCGGACGGCAGCUCCUGUGAGAGCGCAUAUCAGCAGCUGGUCGGCGGUGGCGUAUAUGUAGAGCAUUACUAUUGCGCGAAUCGCAAUUUGAGCGCGCGCCAGUUACGUGAACUGCAUGUAUCCUUUCCGAGCGCGCACUCAUCGCUCUCAUUCUACGCUAUGCUAUUGCUGUGCUUUUACUUACACGCAGUGUGGCGCGGACGUGGCACUACACGGGUGCUGCGACAUAUACUACAGUUUCUGUUAUUGUUGCUCGCCUGUUACAUAGCGCUAAGUCGCGUGCGUGACUAUUGGCAUCACUGGUCAGAUGUGUUGGCCGGCGCGCUGCUCGGUAUGUUGUAUGCCAUAUUGACGGCGGUGUAUGUGGGACGCAUGCUGAGGCAGGGCUUCGCAGAUGCAGCGACAACGCAUAAGCAUAAGAAACAUCAAUAUAAGGUGGGUGCGAAACAGCAGGUGAAUCAGCUGGCGCAUGCGCACCAUCAUCAUCCGCAUCAGCUGACAUCGUCACAGCAUCGUCUGGCGUCACAUGAUGCGCGCAGUGGGCGCAUGUUGCUGGUGGCAGCCAGCGGUAGUGUUAGCAAUUUGCAGCAGCAGCAGUUGUUGCCAACAGCGCACGAAGAUCUGGAGAAGCAGCAGUUGCACGAACAAGUGGUUAAAGAGCAUUUAAUGGAGCGCGGCAGUAUUGGCGGCGGUGAUUGUGAGUGGAAGCUGCAGGCGGUUGUGUUGCCAACGUAAUUUGCCAGCAAAGCGCCAUAGGACUGGGAGCGCAAGCACGCGCUGGAAUGAGGAAGGAGCGCUACGGUGAAGUUGACGGCGGAACAAAUCUGUAAACACAUCACAUAUCGGCAAAGCGGUGAUAAGAAAAGAGAGAAACGCCACUUUAAACGGCACAUAGUGCACUAAGCUAGGAGGGGGAGAAGAAAAGUCAUGCAAUAGUAAUCUAAUUCGACGCGCUCGAAAAUAAUGUGCGUACAAGAUUAAAAUAAAAAAAUGGAAAAGGGUUUGUAAAGGGGUUUUGGUACCCUUUAAACAAAUUGGCUUACUAAAUCAUCAGACGGCGUUAUUCAAUCAAGAGGCUGCAAACUAAAUCCGUUUGGGGAAAACAGCAAGCACUGUUAUAAAAUUUCCUACCAGUGGCACCCUACCCCCCUAACACAGCAGCUCUGUGCAUUAAAACACAAAAGCGGGCAUAUCAUAUGCAACACAAGCACAAAAAAACAAUCAAUAUAUUUAUAUAUAGCAAUAAUAGCCUUGCAGUACCUGUACGUAAUUAUUGGUCAUGCAACUAACUAACCAAACAA